AGAGAAAGAAAGAGAAAGACUAGGUUCUCAGUCACGGCCAUUUUCCCAAAACAGUCUUUCCUUGAGACCAAAACCUCAGUGGUAUAAAGGGAUCAGAAUCCCAAAUCCCUGUUUCUGCAAGAACACACAGAAAGUUAAAUUCUUUGUCUUUCUGGAGAAAGGAAGAAAUAGGAAAGUUCUUUUAGUAGUGUUUACUGAGAAAACUGUAGAAUUUUUUUGGGUUUGUGAAGUUUAGUGAGUUCACAUUGUGUGUUUGUGUGUGAUGGCUCUCUGCACAUUUGCAUUUCCUGGGAAUUUGAGCAGCAAGGAAAUAAUUGGUUUAGAUGCUCAGAAACAUACCGGAUUAUGGCAUCAGUGGCUACAUGGGAUAGAUCUGCAUCCUCACCAUACCUGCAAGAACAAUCAGGUAAGGAAAAGGUCAAGUGGAAUUUUUGCAUCAUUGGCAGAAAGAGGAGAAUAUUUCUCAGAGAAACCUCCAACUCCUCUUUUGGACACUAUCAAUUACCCAAUUCACAUGAAGAAUCUCUCCACAAAGGAACUGAAGCAGCUUGCUGACGAGCUUCGAUCGGAUGUUAUCUUCAAUGUCUCCAAGACAGGGGGCCAUCUUGGUUCGAGUCUUGGUGUAAUUGAGCUAACUGUGGCUAUCCAUUAUGUGUUCAAUGCUCCUCAGGAUAGAAUUCUUUGGGAUGUUGGCCAUCAGUCUUAUCCACAUAAAAUCUUAACUGGAAGAAGGAACAUGAUGCCAACCUUGAGACAGACAGAUGGGCUUUGUGGCUUUACCAAGAGGUCUGAGAGCAACUAUGAUUGCUUCGGCGCUGGUCACAGUUCGACAACGAUUUCUGCAGGGUUAGGAAUGGCUGUGGGAAGGGAUCUUCAAGGGAGAAAGAAUCAUGUCGUGGCCGUGAUAGGGGAUGGUGCUAUGACAGCCGGCCAGGCUUAUGAAGCAAUGAAUAAUGCUGGCUACCUGGAUUCAGACAUGAUCGUGAUUCUUAAUGACAACAAACAGGUUUCCUUACCCACGGCUAACUUAGAUGGCCCCAUCCCUCCAGUAGGAGCCUUGAGUAGUGCUUUGAGCAGGCUGCAGUCAAAUCGGCCACUCAGAGAACUAAGAGAAGUUGCCAAGGGAGUUACCAAGCAAAUCGGAGGAUCGAUGCAUGAGUUAGCUGCAAAAGUCGAUGAAUAUGCUCGCGGGCUGAUCAGUGGUUCAGGAUCAACACUGUUUGAGGAGCUAGGGCUUUAUUACAUUGGUCCAGUUGAUGGCCACAACAUUGAUGAUCUGACUGCAAUUCUUAAAGAAGUCAAGAGUACCAAGACAACAGGUCCAGUGUUGAUCCAUGUUGUAACCGAGAAAGGCCGAGGAUAUUCAUACGCUGAAAAAGCUGCAGACAAAUACCAUGGUGUGGCAAAGUUUGAUCCAGCAACUGGAAAACAGUUCAAAUCGAGCACUCCGACUCAGGCUUACACAAACUACUUUGCAGAGGCGUUGAUUGCAGAAGCAGAACAAGACAAUAAUAUUGUAGCGAUACAUGCCGCAAUGGGUGGGGGAACGGGUUUAAACCUUUUUGAUCGUCGUUUCCCAACCAGGUGUUUUGAUGUUGGGAUAGCAGAACAGCAUGCUGUAACUUUUGCCGCAGGUUUGGCAUGUGAAGGCCUCAAACCCUUCUGUGCAAUCUACUCGUCUUUCUUGCAAAGAGCUUACGACCAGGUGGUGCACGAUGUUGACCUGCAGAAGCUCCCAGUCAGGUUCGCAAUGGACAGAGCAGGUUUAGUCGGGGCAGACGGACCUACACAUUGUGGGGCAUUCGACAUUACUUAUAUGGCUUGCCUUCCCAACAUGGUGGUUAUGGCUCCUGCAGACGAAGCUGAACUGUUUCACAUGGUUGCCACUGCUGCUGCCAUUGAUGACAGACCGAGCUGUUUCAGAUAUCCCAGAGGCAACGGGAUUGGCGUAGAGCUCCCACCUGGAAACAAAGGCAUACCCCUUGAGAUUGGCAAAGGGCGAAUACUUCUCGAGGGGGAGAGAGUGGCUCUGCUCGGCUAUGGAACAGCAGUUCAGAGCUGUAUGACUGCAGCAGCACUAAUGGAGCCCCAUGGUUUACAGUUGACAGUGGCUGAUGCACGCUUCUGCAAGCCGUUGGACCAAGGUCUUAUCCGCAGGUUAGCAAACUCACAUGAAGUCUUGAUCACUGUCGAAGAAGGGGCUGUCGGUGGCUUUGCAGCUCACGUAGCUCAGUUCAUGGCCCUCGAUGGGCUCCUUGACGGCAAAUUAAAGUGGAGGCCACUUGUUCUUCCUGACCGAUACAUCGACCAUGGAUCCCCGGCAGACCAAUUGAUGGAAGCAGGCCUGACAUCUCACCAUAUCGCGGCCACUGUUUUCAACAUACUAGGGAAAGCUAGAGAAGCCCUGCAGAUUAUGUCCUAGGUUGCAAGAAGUGUACAUAUUUAAGAACAUAUGAUGAAUCCUAGCAUGAGCUUCAUGAUGACAGUA